AUGGCUGAAGACGCUUUUGAACUAUUAACCAUCGUUGUAAACGAAUUGAAAGUAAACAAGACUCUUACUCAACUUUCUCUUAGAGCCAUCCGAAUAUCUGAUGGAGGUGAAGCACUAGCAGAAGCACUGAAAGUAAACCACACUCUUACUAAACUUGUUCUUGAACAUAACCAAAUAUCCGAUACAGGCGGUGAAGCACUAGCACGAGCACUGAAAAUAAACAUCACUCUCACUCAACUUGAUCUUAGCAGGAACCAAAUGUCCAAUAGAGGGGGUGAAGCACUAGCAGGAGCACUGAAAGUAAACCACACUCUUACUAAACUUGAUCUUAGCUAUAACCAAAUAUCUGAUGGAGGAGGUGAAGCACUAGCAGAAGCACUGAAAGUAAACCACACUCUCACUCAACUUAAUCUUACCUAUAACCAAAUGUCCAAUAGAGGAGGUGAAGCACUAGCAGAAGCACUGAAAGUAAACCACACUCUCACUCAACUUAAUCUUACCUAUAACAAAAUGUCCAAUAGAGGAGGUGAAGCACUAGCAGAAGCACUGAAAGUAAACCACUCUCUCACUAAACUUGAUCUUAGCAAUAACGAAAUAUCUGAUGGAGGAGGUGAAGCACUAGCAGAAGCACUCAAAAUAAACCACACUCUCACUCAACUUGAUCUUAAAUAUAACGAAAUAUCUGAUGGAGGAGGUGAAUAG